UAAAUCAGGAAAAUAUGAGAGAGGUGAAGCAGUUAUAUGACUCAGCUCUCUGCAGCUCUCUGAAGAUGGAGGUUGAGGACGGAGCAGAGCUCUGCUUUCCACUACUCCUCAACACCUCCUGCAAGAAGACCACAUCUGUUUCGCCUGUAGCUGUGCUGGUUGACAUUGUGCUGUCCUUCAUCUCUGUGCUCACUGUAGCUCUCAACCUGCUCGUCAUCAUCUCAAUCUCCCACUUCAGGCAGCUCCACACACCCACUAACAUCCUCCUCCUCUCUCUGGCUGUCUCAGACUUUCUUGUGGGCCUCCUGCUGAUGCCUGGAGAAAUCUUCAUAAGAACGUCCUGCUGGUUUCCUAGUGAACUGAUGUGUUCUCUGUUUACUUAUGUGUCACUCAUCAUUACCUCUGCUUCAAUAGGAAACAUGGUGCUCAUAUCAGUCGACCGUUAUGUGGCUAUUUGUGACCCUCUGCAUUACACCACCAGAGUCACUAGCAGAAGAGUUAAACUCUGUGUUUGUCUGUGUUGGAUCUGUUCUGUUUUCUACAGCGGUCUUUUUGUAAAGGACGGCCUGACUCAACCAGUCAGACAUAGUUCCUGUUAUGGAGAAUGUGUGAUUGUCAUGGAUCAUAUUGUCGAAGUUGUUGACCUUGUUUUGACCUUUAUUUUUCCAGUUACCAUCAUCAUAAUUCUGUACAUGAGAGUAUUUGUGGUGGCUGUGUCUCAGGCUCGUGCCAUGCGCUCUCACAUUACAGCUGUCACUCUCCAGCGUUCAGCUUCUCUAACAACAAAGAAAUCUGAGCUGAAAGCAGCCAGGACUCUUGGUGUUCUUGUAGUUGUGUUUCUAAUAUGUUUCUGUCCAUAUUACGGUGUUUCUCUUGCAGGGGACAACUUGUUCAGCACCUCACCUGCAUCUAUUGUGUUCUUUCUCUUUGAUUUCAACUCCUGUCUAAACCCUGUGAUCUAUGCCUUGUUUUACCCCUGGUUCAGGAAAGCUGUUAAACUCAUUGUCACUCUUCAGAUACUGCAGCCUGGCUCCUGUGAGGCCAACAUACUGUAGAGAGUGAAAUGAGAUCUGCUUUACAAAGGUUUUCACUGAAUUCAAAAUGUAAAAAAAUGUUUGUGUAAAUGUACACAGUAAAUGCAUAUGUGUUGUAAAUGUGUAUAAGAAAAGUGUUCCUGAUUCUCCUUUUAAAGUUGACCUCUCUGUAACCACUAGCAACAUACAUGUUAUUAACAUAGUUUCUCUGGUGCACUGGCUCCUUUGUUAGAUGACUGCACCAAAGGCCUCUAUUUUCUCUCUCAUGAAAACAGUGACAAAGAUAUUUAUGGUGAUACAGUACAAUCAAAGAGUCUGUGUUUCAGAAAAGGAGGGAGAGAGAAAACAAAAUACAGCAGAUCACUGAU